AUGGGUCUUUCAUUAUCAAUUGUUGAUCAUACAUCAUUCAACGAUUUCAUGAAUGAUGUAGAUUCGAAAUAUAAGCCUAUUCAUAGGCGUGAUCUUACACACUCGUUUUUACCUGCUUUACACAAAAAAUGUACAUCAAAAUUACAAGAAAUAUGUGCUGAAGCAAAGCACGUCAGUCUUACACUUGAUAUUUGCAAUAAUCUUGCUGCUUUCGAUAACAUUAUUUUACCUGGAUUUGAUGAUGACUUCGAUGGAAUAAUAGAUGAUUCAUCUGAAACUGAAUCUGAAUCUAAAUCUAAUGAUAAAAAAACCGAUGAUUAUGCACCUGCAGUAGGUGAAGAAAAACAAUUACAAACACAUGAAGCAGAUGAUUCAAUUUAUCAAACUACAUUAGGUUCAGUAACCGAAGAAGAAUUUCUACGUUUACCAUGUUUCUGUCAUUGUCUUCAGUUAGUGGUCAAUGAUGGAAUAAAAGCUAGUGCUGCUGCAGUAUCUUCUCUUCAAAAAGUGGCAAGCUUAGCUAAACUUUCUCAUUCUAGUACAGUAUUUUCUGAACGAUUAGAAGAAUUUAAUUAUACUAUUCGAAGAGCGAAUCGUACAAGAUGGAAUAGCCAAUUUCAAACAAAUGAUCUUAUUCUUAACAGUAAAGACAGAAAAGUUUUAGCAGAAUUUGUAUUUUUGUUUGAGUUAUUUAAUGAAGCUACUGUGUUAACUCAAGGUGAAUCUUAUGCAACUAUUUGUCUUGUUGCUCCUACUGUUCUUGGUAUACUUUUUGAUCUUGAACGUGAACUUGGUUCUUCUACUUUGACUCUUGUUUCUUUAUGUGAAGCCUUGAUUGCAUCAAUUAAAGCUCGAUUUAGUGGACUCCUUCGUUAUUUUGAAAUUGAUAAAGUUGGAGCCGAUGUGCUGAACACAACUGAACAUAAUAUUGAUGUUAUGACAAAAAACACGGAUUCACUUACUAAACAAAAAUGUCUUUUUCCAUAUUUGAAGGAAAACAAAAAAGUUUCGAAUGAAGAUAAAUCAAGAUUUUUGAUUGAACUUGAUGCCUAUUUAUGUGAAGAAAGUCGUGAACAAAAUUUACUUUUUAUCAAAAAACAUUUGUAUCCUCGCUUAUAUCAACUUAGUUUAAAAUACUUGUCAGUGCCGGCGACAUCGGCUCCCAUUGAGCGAGUAUUUUUGCAAAGCGGCUUUCUGAUGCGUCCACAUCGAGCAUCAUUAACUGCAAACGAUGAUUGUUUACUCACUUUUCUUAAAUGUAAUAAGUUUUUGUUAUGA